UCUUGAUUUUCCACUUGUUCAUAGCUACCACACGAAUGGCUACUUCCACACCUUUCUCACUUUCAUGCACUUCACAAACUAGAUUGCUCUACAAAAAAAAUCCAAUGCAACCAUCCCAUAAUACAACAUUAUCAUUGUUUGGACACAAAUCUUCACUUUGCAAUAAUCCUCUAAGGUGCAAUGGUGUUUUUACUCCAGUUGUCAUGAAACCUAAGAGAGCUCAUGUUGGUGUAUCAGUGAAGGCACAAUGGAACAACAGGAGCAUCGAGGUGCUUGAUAAGCAGCACAUUCCUGUAUCUUUGGCCAAAUAUGUCUUUGAUCUCUCUGAAAAAUUCAUCAAGGAGAAAGGCUCGUUCACCAUUGUUUUAUCUGGGGACUCUGUCAAGUACCUAAAGAUGUUGGUGGAACCUCCAUACAUUAACACUAUCCAAUGGUCUAAGUGGCAUGUAUUUUGGGCAGAUGAGAAAGCCGUGCCUAAAACCCAUCUAGACAGCAACUAUAAGCAUGCUUAUGAUAGAUUUAUUUCCAAGGUGCCAAUUCCUAUGAAUGUGUAUACAAUUGAUGAUGCUCUAUCAGCUGAUAUUGCUGCUGAUGUGUAUGAGAUAGGCAUCAAAAUCAAGGUUGAUAGUAAGGUGAUAGCUUCAUCACAAAACACUAGACUUCCAAAAUUUGAUCUCAUGUUAUUAGACAUGGGAUCAGAAGGGCAGUUAGCUGGUCUAUUCCGAGGGAACCCUGCUUUAACGGAGACCAGAAAGUGGGUUACUGCGGUUAAGAACGCACCUUCGCCACCGGCAGAGAGGAUCACUCUUACACUACCAGUGAUCAAUGCUUCUUCAAACAUAGCAAUGGUGGUGACUGGUGCUGGUAAAGCAAAUGCAGUGCUGAAUGCAUUGGCGGAAGGUCAGCAAGGUGAUGAAAAGAUGCCUGUUCAAUUGGUUUCUCCGGAAGGUGAAAUGAAAUGGUUUCUAGACAAGGGUGCUGGCUCAAUGUAUUUAAAUAGAUCGUAACUUAUUAUCAUGUACUCUAUUUUCAACUUUUCCUAAGAUCAAGAAUAAGGUGUGUGAUACAUGUUGCCAAAGGACAUUGUUAAAAUUAUUGUACCCUGGUUUCUUGUUUGAGCUUUUACCAUUCUCUGAUUUACAUGUUAAAGAGGAACCUGCUUGUUAUACGUUAAUACGUGGGUGAAGUAAUAAGAUGAAAUGUGUUAAUUGUGAGAA